UCUCAAGCAGCAGACUGCUCCCACGCACUUUGUGUUAAUUUUUGCAGAUAAAGUAAAAUGUUAAAGCCGCGGACAGAUCCGCGGAGUCUCCCGCGACCAGAAAAUCACAGUACAACCAACGAUAAACACCGACACUGUUAACUCCCUUCGCUUCCAAGGAAUCUUAAUCUUAAUACCCCUAAUCCUAAUCCAACGGCUACCAGCCCUCCCUCCUCCCAAAUCUAAAUUUCCACCGUCGAUCACACAGACCAAAAUACCAAAACCCCCUAAGCCGUCAAUCGUCAAUCCUUAUCCUCGGUCUCAUCUCACUUGUUCGGAUCGCAGAGAGAGAGAGAGAGAAGAGAGAGAGAGAGAGAGUGUUCCGGCUGUUGGGGGUGUUUGAAUUAUUUUAUUCCCAUUUUGCCUCCGAUGGUGGAGGCACAGACAUGGACGACGCGUCGUAUGAGCAACCCGCGGCUGCAGGACACGACGUCGCCCGACCAGGUGAUCGACAUUCCGGCCACUCCCCCUGGCGACGUCCGCAAUGGGACGAGCUACGGAUUCUCCUCCGCCGUCGGAUCCCUCCCCCCGACAAUAUCGACGGCGGCGAUUGUUGCAUCCUGGUACCUGUCGAACAUCGGCGUCCUCCUCCUCAACAAGUACCUCCUCAGCUUCUACGGCUUCCGCUACCCGAUCUUCCUUACAAUGCUCCACAUGAUCUCCUGCGCCACCUACAGCUAUGUCGCUAUCCACCUCCUCGAGCUCGUGCCACGUCAGUACAUCCUUUCCCGCCGCCAGUUUUUCAAGAUCUUCGCACUCUCCGCCAUCUUCUGCCUCUCCGUCGUCUGCGGGAAUACCUCCCUCCGCUACCUUCCUGUCUCCUUCAACCAGGCCAUCGGCGCCACCACCCCCUUUUUCACCGCCAUCUUCGCGUUCGUCAUCACGUGUAAAAAGGAGUCUGCCGAGGUCUACGGCGCCCUCCUCCCCGUCGUUUUCGGGAUCGUGUUGGCCAGCAACAGCGAGCCGUUGUUUCAUCUGUUCGGUUUUUUGGUCUGCGUGGGUUCCACAGCCGGCCGGGCAUUAAAAUCGGUGAUGCAGGGGAUUUUACUCACCUCGGAUUCUGAGAAGCUCCACUCCAUGAACUUGCUUCUCUACAUGGCUCCAAUGGCGGCCUGCAUUCUCCUUCCCUUCACUCUCUAUAUCGAGGGCAACGUGGCGGCCAAGACGGUGGGGAAAGCGAGAACCGACCCCUUCAUUGUUUUUUUGUUGGUCGGCAAUGCCACGGUGGCGUAUUUGGUUAACUUGACUAAUUUCUUGGUGACCAAGCACACCAGCGCGCUCACACUACAGGUUCUCGGCAAUGCCAAGGCGGCGGCGGCGGCGGUUGUAUCGGUGUUGAUAUUCCGGAAUCCGGUCACGGCUAUGGGAAUGACUGGGUUCGCGGUGACUAUCAUGGGGGUGGUGCUUUACAGCGAGGCCAAGAAAAGGUCCAAAGUUACAACUCAUUGACAGAGAAAGAAAAUAAAGAUUUGAAUCGAAACCACAAAAACAAAAAAGAACCAUUCAUUUUGACUGCCACAGAAAUUCGGAUAACCACCAAGUGGCGACUUUCUAUUCGCUUCAAAUGGACUAGUUGCUUCAUUCUUCUGAGGAUGUGGUUUAUGUUCGGGGCAUUUUCUGAGAAGCAAGCAACCUAUCAGCAUCAAAGGAGCAUGUUGCAGCUUUCACGAGAGAAUCUGUCUUGUAACGGAUUAUAAUCCCUUGUCUCUCUAACAUGACAAAAUGUGACGCGAUGAAGGAAAGAUACAAGGGGAUAUACAACUGGAGAUAGCUUAGAAUAUUUACGAAUUUAGAGGUGGUCAGAUUAAUAUUACGUGUCAAAUGUGAAGAGAUGAAGGUUUUGAAUGAAAAGGGUUUAGGGUUGAGGUAUAGUUGUAUUUUCGAAUGAAAUUGUAUUUUUGGAUGAAAAGUCCCUUGAGGAAAAGAAUUGGGGGUUAAGGCUAUAA